CCCUAGGCAUGGUCAUAAAAGCGCGCGCAAAGAAGAUGAGUGCGUGCUUGUAAGUGCAGCGUUUUCGGGUGCAAUUUUGCUUUGUAGAAACAUAUUCCCAAGACGAAUAUUAUCGAGAGCGAACUGAGAAUGGCUUCACGUUACCUAGAGCAGAAUCAAGAGCAUGCACUUUCAUCGUCCAUGGUCGGGAACUCCUCACAAGUUCCCGCACAGGUAACUAACCAGGACCCAGUUCCAGAAGUAAAGGAGGCGGGCCCAUUAGAACAAAGCGACAAGACAUCGGCACACCUACCCGUCGUUACGCCGACACAGGGCAAGUCAUCAAGCAGCAGUAAGGCAUCUAAAGAACUAGCUAACCAGGUCCAGAGCACGGCAGUUCCGCAACGGGAGAGGAAAUUGAGGGUGAAGGCCGACACCGAGAUUGGAGAGACAGUGUUCGCCUGCGGGAGUACAGCUGAGCUCGGCGAGUGGCUACCAUCCAGAGCCCUUCCACUUCGCCUCGAGGACGUUGGCACGAAGGUGUGGGAGUGUACGCUCCGAAUGCUUGAUACGAAAGCGGAGUUCCGCUACAUCAUCGGUAUACUUGUUGGGAGAGAGAAAAUCAUUGUGCGCCGUUGGGAAACCGCUAUUCAUCCGAGAAAUGUCACCGCCACUCAGCUUCAAGAGAUGCAAGAAGUUCAUGUCUUCGGGAGAUACGGCGGUGAGCAAGAAAAAGUACAGCCUGGAUGGUUGACGUGGGAAACUGCGACGCAGUUCAAGUUCUACAAUGAUCCAAUCAUCAUCUGGACGAAGCGUUACAAGUCACGAACGUUGCUGUAUCGUGUUUCAGCAUUCGAGAUCACCGACUCCAAUCCUUGUACGACACCAACAUCAACCGAAGGCGGCGUCGUGCCUAUCUCGGAACCUGAAAGUACCAGGUGGUCAAUCGUCGAAUCUGCGGUCUUGAAGGAAGGUCAGCAUGAUUUCAAACCACAGAACAGUUUCGGCCACAUCUAUGAACCUGACGAGUUCGUCGUCGUCCAAUGCACAGCGUGGAAAACAGAAGGCGUGGCGUACGUGGUCGACUUCUACGUUCAGACAGAGCAAUCGAUAGCCGAGCACAUCGGCUCCAGUUACAUCCUGCCAAGAAACCUCAAGGACAGUUCCGGGAUGUUGACACUACCAAUCACGGGCCUCAAACAAAAACUCAUUGGGCAAGUAACAGUGUCGUACCUCAUAGUGAAACCUCUGAGCGAAUGCUCCACCACCUGCGAGCACACAUUUGCGAAGUUCUGGAAGAACACUAAUCAGACCUUGCACGUUGGACAUCGCGGUGCGGGAAACGCGAGGCGAACUGACAGGGUAGAAAACGUAUUGGAGAACACAAUUGCUUCAUUCAACUACGCUGCCAGCCGUGGAGCCGACAUGGUUGAACUGGACGUGCAGCUGUCUAAAGACAUGGUCCCGGUCAUUUACCACGACUACCACUUGUGCAUUCACACCAAGCAAAAGUAUCCAGCAGAUGAAACAAAAAUGGAAGUGGCUGUGAAGGACCUCACGGUAUCCCAGUUGCAGCAGCUCAAGUUGGCGCCGACCGAAGGACACAACUAUGACUUUUUAGCGGAUGAUACGGUGGACAACCAACCUUUUCCAACUCUACAACGGGUCCUCGAAAUGGUCGACCCCGACGUUGGUGUGAACAUCGAGAUAAAGUGCCCAAUGCAGUUCAGAGACGGCACGUGGGAAAUGGAUUCACACUUGGACCUCAACCGCUACAUGGACGUUGUCCUGAAAACUGUGCUGGACUUCGCAGGACAGAGAUACAUCAUUUUCUCGUGUUUCCACCCGGACAUCUGUACCAUGAUCCGCAUGAAGCAGAACAAAUAUCCGCUGCUCUUCCUCACACAGGGACAGACAGAAAAAUACCCGCCAUAUAUGGAUCCGCGGACAUCAACUGUUCCGAUAGCCACGUACUUCGCGCUUAGCGCCAGCAUACUUGGAGUAAACGUUCACACGGAAGACCUGCUACGGAACCUGUCUCUAAUACAAUUCGUCAAAGGGAAACAUCUGAUACUCUUCUGCUGGGGAGAAGACAAUAACCACAGCGCCAUCAUUAUGAAUCUGAAGGAAAGAGGCGUUGAUGGCGUCAUAUAUGACAAAGUGGACAUGUUCGUGGGACCACCGCGGGAACGAGAGAAUGUCUAUGUGAUGCAGUGCAGCUUGAUCGAUUACGCUGACUACUUCAACGUGGCACUUUCAGGGAGCACGUCUCCUAAGCCUGAUCCUGUAGAAAGACAACAAUGGUGGCGGUGCAUUUUGCAAUGAAGCACCAUUAGCAAAAACGUGAUGUAACAUCUACGAAUAAUGUGUCAUAUUGAGAAUAAUUUAUCCACUAAUGUAUCUGAUGUGGAAACA